GAAUGUGCUGGAGUGCAAGCCAACGAUGACCGCUACAUGUAGAGUCUGAGUGAGAGCCUCACUUCAGAAUUGGGCUUCUGCCGCUCAAGCUGCCCAGUCUCUAUCGUGACGGAGAUAAUGUCGGAGUCAUCGACUCCGGCCACACCAGCUAGUGUGCACUGGGGCGAAACCAUGAUGGCGCAGGGCCCCGAGGCUCUGCACAAUUUCAUGGCCGAGACCUUCAAGGCUGCCACUGGCGGUGUCCUGCCUCAAAUGGAGGUACGUUUCAAUAACGUGUCCAUUUCCGCCGACGUCACUGUGACCCGCGAGGUGACGGCCGAGUCGGAGCUACCCACACUCUACAACGUGGUGGCUCGAGCACUAGCUAACCUCAACCCGAUCAAGAAGAAGGUGGUGCGCAAGGAAGUCAUCAAGAACAUCAGCGGUGUGCUCAAACCCGGUACGAUCACGUUACUACUUGGUCAGCCUGGAUCGGGCAAAACUUCGCUGAUGCGAAUCUUAAGCGGACAGUUUCCGGUAAAGAAAAAUAUUACUGUGGAAGGCGAGAUGACGUACAACGGAUUACUACAAAAGGAGAUAGCCAAGCGUUUGCCACAGUUCGUGGCAUACGUGACGCAGUACGACCGUCACUUCCACACACUCACUGUUCGUGAGACGCUGGAGUUCGCCUACGCUUUCUGCGGAGGAGGGUUAUCCAAGCGUGGCGAGGAAAUGCUAUCUCGUGGUACCCCCGAGGCUAACGAGCGUGCUUUGGCUGCUGCAAAGGCUGUCUUCUCCAAGUUGCCUGACGUGAUCAUCGAGCAAUUGGGACUGCAGAUCUGUCAGGACACGGCGAUCGGCAAUGCGAUGCAUCGAGGUGUGUCUGGUGGUGAGCGUAAGCGCGUCACGACUGGUGAAAUGCAGUUCGGUCAUAAAUAUAUGACGCUCAUGGAUGAGAUCAGUACGGGUCUGGAUAGUGCAGCCACGUACGAUAUCAUCAAGACGCAGCGUAGUAUCGCCAAGAACCUCCACCGGACGAUCGUGAUCGCGUUGCUGCAACCUGCUCCUGAAGUGUUUGAGUUGUUCGACAAUAUUCUUAUCCUGAACGACGGCGAGAUGAUGUACAACGGUCCUCGUCACACGGUGAUCCCGUACUUUGAGUCGCUGGGCUUUAAGUGUCCUCACGGCCGCGAUGUGGCCGACUACUUAUUGGAUCUGGGCACGAACCAGCAGUACAAGUACCAGGCUGCUCUCCCUCCUGGAAUGGCAAAGCAUCCUCGUCUUGCUAGUGAAUUCGCUAAGAUGUUCCGUGAAUCCUCGCUAUACUCGGAUAUUAUGGAGGAAUUGGCGUCACCGAUCGACAAGGAGAUCGUAGAACGUGUAGGUGAUAACAUGGAUCCAAUGCCGGAGUUCCGUCAGACUCUAUGGGAGAACAUCCGGACGUUGAUGAGGCGUCAAUUGAUCAUCAUCGUGCGAAACGCAGCGUUCAUCCGGGUACGAACGUUCAUGGUUGUGGUCAUGGGGCUCAUCUACGGUAGUACAUUCUACAACGUGGAUCCGACGAAUGUCCAGGUGAUGCUGGGGGUGAUUUUCCAAGCCACCUUGUUCCUAUCACUGGGUCAGGCGUCGCAGAUUCCGACGUACAUGGAAGCUCGAGCCAUUUUCUACAAACAACGCGGUGCAAACUUCUACCGAACGUCUGCGUGGGUCAUCGCCAACUCGAUCGCGUUGGUUCCUCAAGCACUUGGGGAGAUUCUGGUGUUUGCUACGUUGGUAUACUGGAUGUGUGGCUUCGCUUCUACUGCUUCUGCCUACAUCAUUUACCUGAUCUUGCUGUUAUUGACAAAUUUGGUGUUCGCAUCGUGGUUCUUCUGCUUGUCGGCCAUGUCACCGAACUUGGAUAUCGCCAAACCCAUGUCGACGUUCUCGAUUGUGUUUUUUAUUCUGUUCGCUGGGUUCGUGAUCACCAAAGAUCAAACGCCUGGGUGGUUUAUAUGGGUGUACUGGAUCAACCCCAUCGCGUGGUGUCUGCGUGGAUUAUCAGUGAAUGAAUACCGUUCAAGCGCCUACGAUGUGUGUCAAUACGGCGACAUUAACUACUGCUCCGAUUAUGGCAUGAAUAUGGGCGAGUACUAUUUGUCGCAGUAUGGUGUUCCAUCGGGAAAAUUCUGGAUUUGGACUGGUAUUUUAUUCAUGAUCGUGGCGUAUAUCUUCUUCAUGGUAUUGGGCUGCUAUGUCCUCGAAUACCAUCGAUACGAAGCUCCGGAGAACAUCCAGUUGUUACCGAAAACUGUUGCUGAUGAGGAGGAGAUGGAGAAACGAGGAGGUGACUACGUAUUGGCUCAAACCCCCAAGAACUCAUCAGCUAAGACUCAUUCGGAAGGAGUUGACUCUGGCGAAGUUGUGGUGAAUGUACCGAGACGUGAGAAGCACUUUGUGCCUUGCACGAUUGCGUGGAAGGAUCUGUGGUAUACCGUACCAUCGCCACAUGAUCGCAAGGAGAGUUUACAGUUGUUGAAAGGCAUCAACGGAUACGCCGAACCAGGCUCAUUGACGGCGUUGAUGGGCUCUUCUGGAGCAGGCAAGACGACGCUGAUGGAUGUCAUUGCUGGUCGUAAAACUGGCGGGAAAAUUGAAGGGAAGAUUUAUUUGAACGGAUACGAAGCCAGUGACCUGGCCAUUCGUCGUUGUACCGGGUACUGCGAGCAGAUGGAUAUUCACUCUGAAGGCUCUACAAUUCGCGAGGCGCUGACGUUCAGUGCUUUCCUUCGCCAAGACAGUACGGUAUCAUCAGCUAAGAAGUACGACUCGGUGAGUGAGUGUUUGGACUUGUUGGACAUGCACGACAUCGCGGACCAGAUCGUUCGUGGUAGUUCACAGGAACAGAUGAAGCGCUUGACAAUUGGUGUGGAGCUGGUAGCUCAGCCGAGUAUUUUGUUCCUGGAUGAACCGACCAGCGGGUUGGAUGCUCACUCUGCCAAGUUGAUCAUGGACGGUGUUCGCAAAGUGGCCGACAGUGGACGAACCAUUGUGUGUACGAUCCACCAGCCUUCUUCCGAUGUGUUCUUCCUGUUCGAUCAUUUGCUGUUAUUGAAACGUGGUGGUGAGUCGGUGUUUGUUGGUGAAUUGGGCCAGGAAUGCCAAAAUCUUGUGGAUUAUCUGGAGGCUAUUGAGGGCGUGCCUGCUCUCCCAGACAAGCAGAACCCUGCGACGUGGAUGUUGGAGGUGAUUGGCGCUGGCGUGGGUCACCAACCCACCGAUGUGACAGACUUUGUUCAGCAUUUCAAGGAGAGUAAGGAGGCUCAAUACUUGAUGGAAUACCUUGAGAAACCGGGCUUGACCCGACCUACACCGGAGCUUCCGGAGAUGGUGUUUAAGAAGAAACGUGCUGCUGGCCCGUUCACCCAAAUGUGGUUCUUGAUCCAGCGCUUUGUGGUCAUGUACUGGCGGACUCCGACGUACAAUUUGACUCGUUUCGUGAUUGCUCUGGGACUCGCUCUCGUAUCGGGUUUGACGUACAUCAACUCGGAGUUUGUGUCGUAUCAAGGCAUCAAUGGUGGAGUGGGUAUGGUGUUUAUGACGGCACUUUUCAUGGGUAUUGCAACGUUUACAGGUGCUUUACCCAUUACUGCUCUGGACCGUGCUGCAUUCUAUCGCGAACGCGCUUCUCAGACGUACAACUCGUUGUGGUACUUUGUGGCUUCGACUGUAGUGGAGAUCCCGUACGUGUUCUUCGCUUGCCUGCUCUUCACGGUGAUCUUCUAUCCGAUGGUGGGCUUCCAGUCCUUCGCGUCAGGAGUGCUGUAUUGGAUCAAUCUGUCUUUCUUCGUCUUGACACAAGCGUACCUCGCACAAGUACUGAUCUAUGCUUUCCCAAGUAUUGAAGUAUCAGCAAUUGUCGGUGUACUCAUCAACUCGAUCUUCUUGCUGUUCGCCGGCUUCAACCCUCCGUCGUCGGCCAUUCCGAGUGGCUACAAGUGGCUGUACACGAUCACACCGCAGCGAUUCUCACUUGCUAUCCUUAUGGCUCUAGUGUUCUGUGAUUGCCCGGACGAACCGACUUGGAAUGAAACGCUGGGUGCUUAUGAGAAUGUGGGCUCGAACAUUGGUUGUCAGCCUGUGACUGAUUUACCAGUGACGAUCGACCACAUUACGGUGAAGGGAUACGUUGAGUCGGUGUUCAAGUACAAGUACGACGACAUCUGGGCCAACUUUGGCUAUGUGUUUGUGGUGCUGGGCAUAUUCCGCGUCCUCGCUGUGUUGUCACUGCGGUACAUCAACCACACGCAGAGGUAGGCGGGAAGAUGCUACAUGGAUUUCGUUUUGUCUUGGUAACAAAUAAAUUCUUUUUUUUUCAUUUGUCACUUGAGAGAGCAAAAAAAACAAAAUACAAAAGAUGCCAUAGUAUCUGGUAUUUUGUCGGAUGUACUACGUA